AUGACAUCUGCAGCGCCACAGGUGCUGUGCAUUGGGUUUGGAGCGCUGGGGACGAUCUACUCGUACCUGCUGGAGCGCGGGGGUGCGCAAGUCACUGCCGUCGCUCGAUCGAACUAUACGGCGCUUACCACCUCGGGGAUCCAGAUCUCGUCGGCCAAGUACGGCGAGAUUGCCGGAUGGAAGCCGCACCGAGCGGUACGGGAGAGUGAACCCUCGAGCGCGUGCGAUCGCGACUACGACUUUGUAGUGUGCACGUUCAAGAACGUUCCGGACCACAAGAGCGCCUCGUCGAUCAUCCGACCCUUUCUGCGAUCGGGCAGCUUGCCGGCGAUCGUGCUGCUGCAGAACGGGGUGGAUAUCGAGGAAGAGGUGCAUCGGUCGCUUGUUCGGUGCGAUCCGCCAGUUGCUAGUGCGGUGCUGAGUGCUGUCGCAUGGAUCGGAGCCAACCUGGCCGAUGCCGGAAGCAAGGUCGUUCAUGGGGCGCUCGAGAGGCUUGAAAUGGGCGUAUACCCAGCACCCACCCAAUCCCUUCUCGACGACGGACGCAGGAAGCCGAGCGAGCAAGAUCAAAAGGCGCUGGAGGCGUUUGCGGCGAUCUAUGCGGCAGGUGGGGGUGGUGGUGAGGCGGUGGAGGAUAUCGAGGCGGUGCGGUGGAAAAAGGUGCUCUGGAACGCUGCCUGGGGCGGACUCUCGACGCUCGCACGCCAACCGGUCUCGACGCUGCUGCUCGACGAAACGCUGCACUACAGUGUUGGUGUGGUGCGUCGAACCAUGCUCGAGAUCGUCUAUGUCGCGCGCGCCUGUGGGCUCAACGAGACGCGAUUUCCCAUGGCAGCCGUAGACAAUGCCGUCAACAUCACCCUCUCCACCUCGAGCGUUCCGGGCGUUCAGGACCCUGCAAAGGGCGGAAAUCUGGCUCCGGCAUUCAAACCGAGCAUCCUGCUCGACCUCGAAAACGGCCGACCCAUGGAACUCGAGGUGAUCAUUGGGAAUAUUGUGCGCCAGGCAAGAAGGCACAAUGUCGACACGCCGAGACUCGACCUCAUCCUCGCCACGCUCAAGCUCAACCAGAUCCACGCCAUCAGGGCUGCAAAGCAGCGCGAUGGAAGCGAGGGCGAGCAGAGCGGCGAUGCGGUCACCACCUUCUCCCAGCUCAAGGCUACGUCGCGAGGCAACUGGCCCGCCGGCGCACCCGUCUCGCAAAACCCCCACACGUAUCUCUAA